AUGAUGAACUACAUUUGCGGUGUCAAAUGGAAUGACAUCCACCGCUUCAAACUCACCAACCAUGAGACCGAUGUUAAGGUGUUCGAAAUAAACCCACAGGAAGGAUUGGAGGUGGACUACUCUCUCUCCAUCAUCCCUCUUCCAGCCUCAAAAACAUUAAGCUUUCGUUUUUCUUCACUGUUUUAUGAAAUCAUUGGGUUGUUUUUCUUGCGCAAACCCUUCUCGCACAUCCACGCUGUUUGCUCGGUCCAAUCGUCCGUGUCUGAAGACGUAGAUUACGAAGUGCGUUACGACCUAGAGCAAGUAGAAGGCAUCUUGAAGAAGCUGUCAAUCACACGCACCGUCCUGUUGACCGGGUCCUGGGUCAGACUCCUCCGAGACAAAAGAUGGAAACCCGAUCUACAGCUUUGA